AUGUCAGAUGUUAGCAAAGGUUUGUAUUGCAAAUAUUGUCUUUUAUUUGCACCUGCAACCAAAAGUAAUGUGACACUUAAAACAUUAGUCAAAACUCCAUUACUUAAAUUUUCUAAGCUAACUGGUAAAGACGGAUGUUUAACUGUCCAUUCUCUCAAUAAGUACCAUUUGGAAUCGGUUUUGUCAGGGAAUGCAUUUUUAAAAUCAUACCGAGAUCCAAGUUUUAGUAUAAUUAAUCAAGUUUAUUUACAAAGAUUAAAGCAAAUAAACGAGAACCGAGAGAGAAUCAAACCUAUCAUUGAAACAUUAAUACUAUGUGGACGACAGAACAUUGCCCUUAGAGGAGCUGUUGAUGAUGGUUCGUUAUUAAUUAAUGAUACUUCAAAUUCAUUAGUAGCAAAUCCAGGUAACUUCAGAGAAUUAUUAAAGUUUAAAAUAAAUUCAGGAGAUCAAAAGUUGAAAAAUCAUCUUGAUACUACAUCAUCUCGGGCUACUUAUAUAAGUAAGACUGCUCAAAAUGAGCUCCUUAAUUGUAUAGGCGAAGAAAUUCAGUUACAAAUUAUUAAAGAUAUUAACGAAGCAAAGUUUUAUGCAGUGAUAUUUGAUGAAACUACUGACAUAGCCCAUAGAGAACAGCUUAGUCUAUCCAUAAGAUACGUUUUAAACAAUAAAAUAAAUGAAAAGUUUUUAACUUUUGUUGAUGCUUAUCAAUCUAUCCUUGAAGAAGACAUUAUGUCAUCUGGUGAAACAAAACUUACUGGUCAAGCUCUAGGAAAUAUAGUACUGAACAUUUUAAAACAAUUUCAUUUGAAUGUGAAAAACUGUGUUGGCAUCGGUACAGAUGGAUGUGCAGUUAUGACAUCAAAAAGUAUUGGAGCAGUCACUACAAUUUUAAAAGAAUGUUUUUACGCAGUUCGGUGCCCAUGUUUUAAUCAUGCACUAAAUAACCCACUGGCUCAGUCAUCAAAAGUGGUCUCAAUUCGCAAUACGGUUGGUUGUUUGAAGGAAAUAGUAGCUUUUUUUAAUGGAUCAGCUAAAAGGACUGCUAUACUUAAAAAUAAAUUAGGAAAAAGUUUAUCUGGAUUAUGUCAAACUAGAUGGAUUGAACAACAUGAUGGCAUAUUACAGUUCAAAUCAACUCUCCCAAAAAUUUUAGAAGCUCUUGCUGAUAUUAAGUUAUGGACUGAUAAAAAUUCUUCAACUAAAGCAAAUACACUUGAAUUAUCUAUAUGUAAUAGUUCAUUUAUUAUUUCACUUUAUUCACUCAUUGAUGUACUCAAAUGGACACUUCCAGUUAGUCGUAUACUGCAAUCUACAUCACUUGAUUUGGAAAGUGCAAAUUUUGUUAUUCAAGGAGUUAAAUAA